AUGGAAUAUUAUACAGAAAUAUCAAAUGAACUAAAAAAUAAAUAUAAUCGGCAUUAUAAUUUGUAUCAGAAACAAUAAUUAGAACAUAAAGUUCUAUGUUAUAAAAAUAGUAAUGAGGAUCCAUUAAAAUAUCAAUAAUGCAUUGAUGAUAUCAAUACAAGGAUGAAUAUGAAUUCCACAACACUUAGGAAUAGAUACAAUCAAAUUGAAAUAGAUGAUAAAGAUUGUCAUGGUAAAUGCUAUGAAGAUCCAAAAUGUAUGAAAGGAUGCGAAGAUUAAUCAAGAAAAAAAGCAAAUUAAUUAUAAGAAUAAUUUUAUAAACUUAUGCUAUAAGAAAAUCCAGAAUACAAAAAAUUGUAAUGA